CAUGCGUAGAACCCUCAAACUCAAAGUAACCCCAAAUCGUAAUACGGAGCCGAGCGCCUCCAUUUUAUUUUUCAUUUAUUUCUCUUUUACAACGCAAAAUAUUAACAUUCGUUGCGAAGAUUACACGAAAACUAAGACUGUUACAUGAAAAUUUGCACAGUGGUGUGUUGGACAAUCAUUCAGUGGAUAAAAAAAACUAUCAAUCAAGAAUUACGUAAUAUUUUUUAUAACCAGAAGAUUGGAAAGUUUUUGCUGUAAGAGCGACGCGAGGAGCAGCGAUGCUCGUAUCGGAGCGCUAGGGCAUGCUCUGCGGCGCCAUCUGGUCCGCCGCGCCGGUGAGCCUGCGCGGACUGGCGCCGCCACUGCCGCCGCGCCCAGCCCUCCUCGCCGCGCUCGUCAUGCACGCUCUGCAUGCCAGCGAUGAAUCCAGCUUCAUAGAGAAUGGUCUACUCUCCUACGAGAAUCCUAACUACCACUUGGACCCGGCGCGCCUCGAGUCCGCGAUAUACAGUGACCUCUACGACAUGCACGACGACAAAGAGAUGCCUCUAGAUUACGACAAUUAUCUCGACAAUAGAAGAGUCGAAGACGAAGCGUCUUCGCCCGUAAACAAAGUAAACGACAAAAGCGGCCUCAUCACGCCGCCCCAACAGAAUGGCGGCGGGGAUUCUCCCCCUCCGGAAAAAGAGAGGGCUGAUCAGGAGGACAAUGAAAAGAGUCACUCCGGUCCAGUCCCCCACUGUGCGGAGGGACCUAACGACGACCUGUACGCCAUACCUGUCAAAUUGCGUCCCAAGAAAGAAACGCUGCCUCCAGGAUGGGAGAAACAUGAAGACAAUGAUGGUCCUUACUAUUGGCACAUAAAAAGCGGGACCAUUCAAAGAGAAAUACCAAAAAUGCCACCCAUAGAGGCCAGAGAGUCUCGCAUAUCCAUGGUGCGAGACUGUUCAAACUUGUCAGAUAUCAAGUAUGAAGGAGCUAUGACGUCGUCCGUCACCAGGAGUACCACGAGCGGUGCUUUGGAUCAUGUCGAUCAAGAUUUUGAAAGGAAACGAAGAGAGGAAGUAGCUUACAAACGCCGCAGCUAUCCCGUCCGUCCUGAGCAAGAAGGGCGCGCUGUACGUUUCUUCGUUAGAUCUCUCGGCUGGGUUGAGAUCUCCGAGGCUGACCUCACACCGGAGCGCUCGAGUCGUGCAGUUAAUAAGUGUAUCGUGGACUUGAGCCUCGGCCGCAAUGACUUGCUGGAUCAAGUCGGCCGCUGGGGCGAUGGUAAGGAUCUAUUCAUGGAUCUAGACGAUGGAGCCCUUAAGUUGAUCGACCCAGAGAGCCUGAACACGUUGCACACACAACCUAUACACACGAUCCGUGUGUGGGGAGUCGGCAGGGAUAAUGGACGAGACUUCGCAUACGUGGCUCGCGACCGCGUGACGCGCAAGCACAUGUGCCACGUGUUCCGCUGCGAGGCGCCCGCGCGCUCCAUCGCCAACGCGCUGCGGGACAUCUGUAAGCGCAUCAUGAUCGAGCGCUCGCUGCAGCCGCCGCCGCGCCCCACCGACCUGCCGGCCGCCAGGCGACCGCGGCCACUGUCUGGAGCGUCAUUCCCAACUCCCAUGGAGGAGCCUCGGAAGACAGUGAGAGCGAGAUAUCUGGGCAGUGCGGAAGUCCCGCGAGCUACUGGAAUGGACGUUCUGAACGACGCCAUCGACCGACUGGCGGCGGCCCGAGCGCCCUCCGCCUGGAGACCGGUCGCCGUCGCAGUCGCACCCUCCAUGAUCACUAUUACAGAAGAAGGGGAGAGCAGUCCGCUGGUGGAGUGCCGCGUGCGCUACCUGUCGUUUCUGGGCAUCGGGCGCGACGUGCGACGCUGCGCCUUCAUCGUGCACACGCCGCAGGACCAGUUCGUGGCGCACGCCUUCCACGCCGAGCCCUCCUCCGGCGCGCUCUGCAAGACCAUCGAGGCCGCCUGCAAGCUGCGCUACCAGAAGUGCCUGGACGCGCACGGCGGCUGCGGGGGGGGCGGCGCGGGGGCGGCGGCGGGCGCGGGGGGGGACGCGGCGCGCGCGUCGCUCGGGCAGGCGCUCAAGUCGCUCGUGGGCUCGCUCACGGGCCGCCGCGCCUCCUGAGCGCCGACUGACGGUCAACUCCCAGCGAUCCACGACGAGGAGCGCACCGCGUAGCCGCCGCUCGCGCGACACUCGCGCCACUAUCGCGCCCCUCCCGCGCAACUCUCGCGCCCCUCCCGCGGCACUCUCGCGCCACUCUCGCGCCGCACCGCUGAUCCGCUUCCCGCGAUGAGUAUCGCUCCGUUAUUAUUUCACGACGUCCCAUCAAUGCGGUUAAGAUAUUAGUGUUAUAAGUCAAUGAUAUAAACCGAUGUAAUAAUUUUACGUUCUCGUUUCAAAUAUGUACACGGUAUAUACCGUAUGAUAUAAUGUAUUAUCAAAAUAUAUAAUGAUCUUUCAGGGCUAUAUAAUAUACGUUUUAAAUAUAGAACUCGAAUAUUUGUUGACAUUUAUUAAUAAAAUAAAUAACUGUGACUGUUUGUAUUCCAAAUGUUUCAAACUUGUUUAAUUGUUUCGUUUUUAUACACAAAGGACUUAACCUAUAAAUGUUGUUUAAGUUUUGGCUAGAUGGACGAUGCUGUCUCCGUCUUUUGAAUGUUAAAUCAAUGCUUAAGACAGAGACAAAUUAGUGUUUAACCGAACAGCUGCUAAACAACGUUUAAAAGUAAGUCCGAAAUAAUUUUAGGUUAUGUUAUGAUUUUGCUGCGCAUCCCUGUUACGAAACUCAAGUGUGGAUAAGUUAUUAUAGCACAAAUAAAAAGUUUACAAUCAUGCCGUUUGCCGUUC